GGUUCGGUCCGAGCUCGGCCUGGAGCUGCGUCCCCGCCGCCGCCGUGGCCGCAACCGCAACAUGCUGCGCGCCCUGUGCGGCUUCCUGCGCCGCCACAAGAAGAAAUGCGUCUUCCUGGGCGCCGCGCUCGGAGGAAUAUACGUUUUGGGGAAGUACGGACAGAAGAAAAUGAGAGAAAUCCAGGAAAGGGAGGCCGCAGAGUACGUUGCUCAAGCACGCCGCCAGUAUCACUUUGAAAGUAACCAGAGGACGUGCAAUAUGACAGUGCUGUCCAUGCUCCCGGCGCUGAGAGAGACCCUGAUGCAGCGGCUCAGUUCCGAGAGCCUCACGGCCCUGCUCAAAAACAGGCCUUCCAACAAGAUAGAAAUCUGGGAGGAUCUGAAGAUAAUAAGCUUCACCAGAAGCAUAGUGGCCGUGUACAGCACGUGCAUGCUCGCCGUGCUCCUGCGGGUGCAGCUCAACAUCAUUGGCGGCUACAUCUACCUGGACAACGCGGCAGGCGGCAGCAGCGGCACAACAAUCCUGGCCCCUCCUGACGUCCAGCAGCAAUAUUUAUCAAGUAUCCAGCAUCUGCUUGGAGAUGGCCUGACCGAAUUGAUCACUGUCAGUAAACUGGCGGUGCAGAAGAUCCUAGGCAGUGUUUCCCUUAAACACUCUCUGUCCCUUUUGGACUUGGAGCAGAAACUGAAAGAGAUCAGAAGCCUGGUGGAGCAGCACACACCCUCUUGGGCCGGCCAAGACGAAUCCAGGUCUUUCCUGUGCUCCUAUUUGCUGCCCGACGAAGAGACUCCGUUAGCUGUUCAGGCCUGCGGGCUUUCUUCUAAAGAUGUCACGACUAUUAAGCUGCUCAAUGAAACGCGGGACAUGUUGGAAAGUCCAGAUUUCAGCACCGUUCUGAACACCUGCUUAAACCGCGGCUUCAGCAGGCUGCUAGACAACAUGGCAGAGUUCUUCCGGCCGACCGAGGAGGAGCUGCGACAUGGAAACUCCAUGAGCAGCCUGUCCAGCGUCAGCCUGCCUCUAGCCAAGAUCAUCCCCAUAGUGAACGGGCAGAUCCAUUCAGUCUGCAGCGAAACGCCCAGCCACUUUGUUCAGGAACUGCUGAUGGCGGAUCAAGUGAAAGACUUUGCCGCUAACGUGUACGAAGCUUUCAGCACUCCUCAGCAGCUCGAGAAGUGACUGCUUCCUCCAAGGAAGACGGUGGAAUCCUACUGCUUACAAAAUAGACUGAGUAAAUCAAAUAUAAUUAGGGUGAUGAUUCGUUACCAAGAUUCUAAUAAAAAUAUUAAUCAAGAUCUUCAGCGAAUAAUAAAGCAGACUCGUUUGGCAUCUGAAUAUA